GCCCAAGUGGUCACCUAAUUGAUCCUUGAAGGGGUUAGAUGUCACGGUGAUGUGAUCUGAACUAUUGGUACCGCAGUUUACACACCGCAGAUAGUUUUCUAGAAUUAACUGGCCGUGCCUGGUAUUAUCAGCUAGGGAACAUUUCACGGCAACGACGGCCACAGCCUCAUCAUCCUCAGCCUCCUCCCCCUGACCGCACAUCCCAUUCCAUCUCAUCGAUGUUGUCUCUCAAUGCGAUAAGUCAACAAAUCGAUGCUGUUGUUUACGCUUCGGGCUCAGCCUUAUAAAGAACAUCCCAAUUGUACACAGAAGAUUUGUAUUUCUAUUUUCGUUUCUCUAUCGAAGUUGUCUGCAGAUUGCAGUUGAAAUCUGCUCAGUUUGUGAUUCCAGCUAAUGCAGAUCUAACCUUGUGGUGACCGCCAUUUCUGGAGUUCAUUACCGGGCGUAUAGUUUUAUUUUCCCGGAAAGAUACAAGACCGAUAAGGCUAUCUAGUGCAUUUUAGUCUCGGAUUUUACGGCGAAGUGGUGCAAGGGAUUACGCCCGGGCAGCUUAUAUAUUAUAGAACGGAAAACUUGGCUGAACUUGAACGCUUGAUCAUGUUUGGCAUUCAUGCGCUUAUCACGACGCCCGGCUGCCGUUUUACGUGAUUCUUGAUAGUUGUCGUCGCUCUAGCCGGAAUCUGCAAUAACACAUUCGCACCGGGAGCACAAAUUAGUCAGCUCCAUUGGUUGCAGCGGUGCAGCAAUGCGAUGCGAUCCGAUCCGGCCGGCGAUAGUGGUAAUGAAGCAAUUAUGGAUCCUUCAAUUAUUGAAUUUAUUGGCGAAAAAUGCAUGAUCAGUAUAAUACCGAACUUCAGCAACGAGCCUCUGCACCUGAUAUACGGACCUGUGGGCCCAUUCCGAGCCGGUUUUCCCGUGUUCGUGCCCCUGUGGAUGGCCACGCAUCUGCGCAAGCAACAAAAGUGUCGGAUUGUGCCUCCAGAAUGGAUGGACAUGGAUAUAUUGGAGGAAAUCAAGGAAGAGGAAAAGCGCUCAAAGUUCUUUACCAAAAUGCCCUGUGAGCAUUACAUGGUAGUGGCCCAGUUGGUCAUGAGCACGGCCCCGGAUGACGUUCCCCGUUGUGAAGAGCUGCGCACUGUGAUCAAGGACAUCUUCGACAUACGUGAGUCCAAGCUGCGCACAUCGAUCGACGCCUUUAUCAAGGGAGAGGGCACAUAUGCGAAGUUGGACAACCUCACGCUACUGGAGAUCCACAGCGUGCGACCCAUCCUGCCCUAUUCCCUGGACCACAUAGCACGUUACCAGCGCACGGCCACCGCGUCUCAAAGGGACACCUCCAUGCUAAGUGCAUCCAUGGCAGGCUCCAGUUCGGGUCCGAACAGUAAUUCUCUGUUUUCUCAGUGAUUUUUCCAGUCAAACAACGUUGUGGAGGACAUUGAAGAUAUAGUUAGCUAUUAUCAGGAGCUUAUGUAGCCUGUAGUCAUUAAACCUUUCAAAAGUUCAAAAAUAUUGUUAUACUUAAAAUUAAAUAGAAAUGCUUUCAGAAUAUUAAAAAAUUAA